AUGGCGCAGCAACCCCCAUUGACCGCGGCCCUCGACCGCAUCACCAGCGAGCUCCGAUCCAAGAAUGAUGAUACCCGCCAGAAAGCCGCCCACCAACUGCGGCAGACCGUCGAGGUCGCUCAUCGAGAACUCCCUCCGAGCUCCUUCGCGAAUUACUACAGCGAUGUAAAUAGUCGCAUUUCUAAUCUCAUCAUCAAUGGAAACGACUCCAGCGACCGCAUCGGCGGUAUACACGCCCUCAACGCCCUCAUCGACUUCAAAGGCGACGAUGCCGGCCAGAAGACAACCCGCUUUGCCAGCUAUCUCCGCAGCGUUAUGCGGGGCUCCGACUACGCUGCCAUGUAUGUGGCUGCAAGAGCUCUGGGAAGACUGGCCAAGCCGGGGGGCACACUGACUGCCGAACUGGUAGACGCGGAGGUCAAAGGGGCGUUGGAAUGGCUGCAGCUGGACCGCACCGAGGCUCGCCGCUUUGCAGCAGUCCUGAUAUUGAGGGAAUUGGCGAGGAACUCACCCACCCUCAUGUACCAAUGGAUCGCCCAGAUAUUCGAGGUCAUCUGGGUCGCACUCCGCGAUCCCAAAGUACUCAUUCGCGAAUCCGCAGCCGAGGCCAUCAGUGCUUGCUUCGAGAUAAUAUCUCCCAGGGACUCACAGAUGCGCCAAUUGUGGUUCGGCCGCGUAUACGAAGAGAUAUUCAAAGGUUUCGCGCUUGGGACCAACGAAGCGAUCCACGGGUCAUUGCUCACGAUGAAGGAAUUGCUGGACAAGAGCGCGCUCUUCAUGGAUAACCAGAAAUACAGAGAGUGCGUCGAGAAAGUCUUCUCCUACCGCGAGUGGAAGGAACCACUUGUUCGACGGGAGGUGGUUUUGAUUAUCCCUAUCCUGGCUGCCUACUCGCCUACAGAGUUCGCAAGCAAGUACCUACACCAACACAUGCUGUAUCUCCAAGGGCUCAUUCGGGCAAAUCGCGACAUGGAUAAUGCAUUUGUGGCUGUUGGACGCAUUGCCAACGCUGUCGGUGUCGCAAUCGCACCUUAUCUCGAAGGUGUGCUCGGCUUCAUUCGAGAAGCUCUGACUUCCAAAUCAACCCGCAAGGUUCUCGUCAAUGAAGCGUCCGUGUUCCAAUGCCUCAGUAUGAUCGCUGCCGCAGUCGGACAGGCGUUGAGCAAGUACGUCGACCAGCUACUAGAUCCGAUCUUUUCGCGCGGCUUGAGCGAACCCCUCUUCCAGGCUCUCGUGGACUUGGCUCACUAUGUACCCCCUUGUCGUCCGAUUAUACAAGAGAGGCUUUUGGACCUUAUCAGUCACAUCUUGGCCGGCCGGCAGUUCCUGCCCCUUGGGAAUCCAUACCAAGCGUCAUCUCCGCCACAGAUCUGGACCCGGGAUCACAAAGAUAGCGCGACCAUCGCGCAAAAGGAACAAGAGAUAGCCCUUGCUCUCCAAACGUUGGGCAGUUUCGAUUUCACCGGGCAUGUUCUCAAUGAAUUCGUGCGCGACGUUGCAAUUCGCUAUGUCGAAGCGGACAACCCGGAGAUACGACGGCGCGCUGCACUGACUUGCUGUCAGCUGUUUGUGAAAGAUCCUAUCGUGCAUCAAACGAGCACCCACGCUACGAAGGUCGUGGGAGAAAUCAUCGAGAAAUUGCUCACGGUUGGCGUUGGCGAUGUUGAUGCCCAGAUACGUUUCGAAGUCCUCAUGGCUCUUGAUGCUCGGUUCGACCGCCAUCUUGGAAAGGCCGACAACGUCAGAACCUUGUUCCUCGCGCUUAACGAUGAAAUGUUCUCCAUUCGAGAGGCCGCCAUGACCAUCAUCGGGAGGCUUACACGUGUUAACCCAGCCUACGUAUUUCCUUCCCUACGCAAGGUCCUCAUCCAGCUGUUAACUGAGAUCAACUAUUCGAAUAGCGCACGGAACAAAGAGCAGAGUGCCAGGCUCAUCAGCAACCUUGUUGGUUCUGCCGACGCCCUCAUCAAACCCCUCGUAGAUCCCAUCGUCAAUGUGCUCCUGCCUCAAGCCCAGGAUACUAAUAAUCCGGAGGUUGCCUCAACCACACUCAAGGCUAUUGGCGAUCUCGCGACUGUCGGCGGCGAGGAUAUGACCAAAUAUAUCAAAAAGCUGAUGCCGACUAUCUUGGAAUUCAUGCAGGAUCUGGGUUCCGAUUCCAAACGGUUCGCUGCACUUCGCACCUUGGGCCAGCUGGCUACGAAUGCAGGAUAUGUGAUUGAACCUUAUAGGGACUAUCCAGAACUCAUGGAUAUCCUUACAAACAUCGUAAGAUCUGAACCCGAGGGCGAACUACGAAGGGAAACAGUUAGGCUGAUGGGCACGCUUGGGGCUCUCGAUCCGGACGAGUAUCAGAAGAUCAUAGAGCGAUCUCCUGACGAACAAUUGGUUUCCGAAUCACAGGCAGUGACAGAUGUCACUCUCAUCAUGCAGGGUAUUACCCCCUCGAAUGAGGAAUACUACCCGACCAUCGUUAUCAGCACUCUCAUGACGCUCCUCAAAGACACGUCACUCGUACAGUUCCACUCCGCUAUCGUCGAUGCGGUCAUGAACAUCUAUGCCACCAUGGGUCUCAAGUGUGUUCCCUUCCUCAAUCAAGUCGUUCCCGGGUUCUUGACAGUCAUACAUGGAGCUCCAGCAGGACGAGUGGAGGGCUACUUCAACCAACUAAGCCAACUGGUGCGUAUCGUUCGCCAGCACAUUCGACCCUACCUUCCGGAUAUAUUACGCACUAUAAACGAAUUUUGGAGUGGCAGCCCGCAGCUCCAGGCCACUAUCCUCUCUCUUAUCGAGUCGAUCUCGCGUUCGCUGGAAGGUGAAUUCAAGGUCUAUCUUGCGGAUGUCCUUCCUCUUAUGCUUGGUGUCUUGGACAUCGACCAGACCAGCAAACGGUUACCGUCUGAAAGAGUUCUUCAUGCAUUCCUCAUCUUCGGUUCCAGCGCUGAGGAGUACAUGCACUUAAUCAUCCCGGUCAUCGUGAACAUGUUCGAUAAGACCGGUCAGCCCUUGUCCAUUCGGAAACAAGCGAUCGAAACUGUCGGCCGGUUGUCGAAGCAGGUCAAUAUAUCCGAAUUCGCCGCACGCAUCAUCCAUCCACUUACUCGUGUGCUCGCUGGGACCGAGCAAUCCUUGAAACAGACAGCUCUUGAAACCCUCUGCGCACUCAUCUUCCAACUUGGGCCGGAUUACAUACAUUUUGUACCAACGGUCAACAAAAUCCUCGUCCAACACAAGGUUCCUCAUUCCAACUAUGCGCUGAUCGUGUCGAAGCUGCAGAAAGGCGAGCCUUUACCCCAGGACUUGAGCCCCGACGAACGUUAUGGGGAAGACGACGAGGACCUCAAUCCUGCCGAGAUAAUGACGAAGAAGCUUGCGGUCAACCAACAGCACCUGAAACAAGCCUGGGAAGCAUCGUCAAAGUCCACAAGGGAAGACUGGGUCGAAUGGAUUCGACGUUUCAGCGUCGAACUGCUUCGAGAAUCGCCGCAGCAAGCGCUCCGGGCAUGUACGCCAUUAGCCAGUAUAUACAAUCCGAUCGCACGAACGCUGUUCAAUUCGGCGUUUGUAUCGUGUUGGACAGAGCUGUACGACCAAUACCAGGAGGAGCUUGUGAGAUCGUUAGAGACAGCACUCACCUCGCCUAACAUCCCCCCCGAAAUAUUACACGUCCUUUUGAACCUUGCGGAGUUCAUGGAACACGACGACAAGGCACUACCCAUAGAUGUUAGGAUACUAGGGAUGUACGCCGGCAAAUGUCAUGCUUUCGCAAAAGCACUCCACUACAAGGAAUUGGAGUUCAAUGCUGAACAGAAUCCCAACGCGGUGGAGGCCUUGAUAAGUAUUAACAAUCAACUGCAACAAACUGACGCAGCUUUCGGAAUCCUUCGUAAGGCGCAGAACUAUUCGGACGUUGAAAUCAAGGAAACAUGGUAUGAAAAACUGCAGAACUGGGAGAUGGCGUUGCAGGCAUAUCAGAAACGAGAACGCGAAGAGCCCGAGUCGUUCGAUAUUACUAUGGGCAAAAUGCGUUGUUUGCAUGCGCUUGGCGAAUGGGACGUACUGUCUAGCUUAUCGAAAGAGAAAUGGGCUACUGCGAGUCCGGACUACCGUAAGCUGAUUGCUCCACUUGCUGCAACAGCUGCCUGGGGCUUGGGCAAGUUCGCCGAUAUGGAUACCUACCUUGGCGUGAUGAAGGAGCAGUCACCCGACCGAGCCUUCUUCGCAUCAAUCUUGAACAUCCAUAACAAUCGUUUCGAGAUUGCGACGGAAGAGAUCGCCAAGGCCAGGAAGGGAUUGGACACUGAACUGAGCUCGCUGCUCGGCGAGUCGUAUCAGCGCGCCUACCUCCCGAUGAUACGUGUGCAAAUGCUUGCUGAGUUGGAAGAAAUCAUACAAUACAAGCAGAACCAGUCGAACCCUGAAAAACAAGCGAGUAUGCGAAAGACCUGGAUGAAACGUUUGAGGGGUCUUCAGCCAAAUCCCGAGGUUUGGCAGCGCAUGAUGAAGGUGCGCCGACUUGUCAUCACGCCGCAAGAGAGCAUGGGCAUGUGGAUUAAGUACACAAAUCUAUGUCGCAAACAUCGCCGCUACGGUCUUGCAGAGAAGGCACUGCAAAAGUUGCUUGACAUUGAUGGGGAGAACAUCUUCAGCUACGUGCGUGAGCACAACGGCGAGAUUCCGUAUCCAGUAUCUUAUGCUGCCUUCAAAUAUAUGUGGGCGUCAUCAGGGGACUGGAUAGACCGCAAACAGGAGGCUUUGGAAUCGCUAAAGGAAUUUACGGCCCGGCUCUCAGAUGACCUGGCAAUGAAAGCAAGAGCAAAUGCGAAUAUGAUGACGCAGAAUGGAAUGAACGGAUACACGAACGGUCAUAUGAUCAACGCAAUGAACCCAUUUGCGGUCGCGAAUGGCGUAAACGGCGUUCAUGGAAUGAAUGGCUCCAGCUUACUUACUGGAUCAACCGCGACCUCUUCGCAGUUUGAUCUGACCGAAUGUCAACGCCUACUCGCCAAAUGUUACCUGAAGCAGGGCGAAUGGCAGACAUUUUUGCAUCACAGCGAAUGGGACCACGACGACGUUCAUGAGAUCUUGUCGGCUUAUGCCGCGGCGACGCGGUACAACCAGAAUUGGUACAAGGCAUGGCACUCUUGGGCAUUGGCCAACUUCGAGGUUGUCAAUAAUAUCACCUCGAAAGCGGAUCGCGAAACAACUGAAGUCCCGUCGAAUGUGGUCCACGACCACGUGGUCCCUGCGAUUCAUGGCUUCUUCAAAUCAAUCGCACUUUCGUCUUCUAGCUCCCUCCAAGAUUCGCUCAGGCUCCUCACAUUGUGGUUCAGUCAUGGUGGGUUGCCUGAAGUGAAUCGCACUAUCAGCGAGGGCACGAAGACAGUCCCCAUCGACACCUGGUUGGAAGUCAUCCCACAGCUUCUUGCUCGCAUCAACCAGCCGAAUCCGACUGUCAGACAAUCCAUACACCAGCUGCUCAUUGAGGUGGGCAAAGCGCACCCGCAGGCCCUCAUUUUCCCCUUGACUGUCUCCAUGAAGUCGGAUGUAUCGCGUCGUCAACGAUCAGCCAGGGAGCUUAUGGAGGCGAUGCGAGAACACUCACCUAAGCUUGUGGAGCAGGCUGACCUGGUUAGUACGGAACUCAUUCGAAUUGCCGUUCUCUGGCAUGAGCAAUGGCAUGAAGGCCUCGAGGAAGCAUCUAGGCUCUACUUCGGCGACCGUGACAUUGAAGGCAUGUUCGCCACUCUGGCCCCACUGCAUGCCAUGCUGGAUAAGGGCCCCGAGACGCUGCGGGAAAUUUCCUUCAUACAGUCAUUCGGCAGAGAGUUGCAGGAAGCUCGCGACUGGUGCAACACGUAUCGCACGUCUGGCGAGGCAGGCGAUUUGAACCAGGCAUGGGACCUGUACUAUCAAGUGUUCCGGAAGAUCGCGCGUCAAUUACCGUCCCUGAUGACCUUGGAGCUCCAAUAUGUGUCACCGAAGCUAAAGGAAGCGCGCGACCUGGAAUUGGCCGUACCUGGGACGUAUCAAGUUGGCAAACCCGUCAUCCGCAUCAUGUCUUUCAAUCCAGUGGCCUCUGUCAUUCAGUCCAAGCAGCGGCCUCGCAAAAUUGAGAUGAUGGGCAGUGACGGGAAGGCGCACACGCAUAUCCUGAAGGGACACGAGGAUAUCCGGCAAGAUGAGCGUGUGAUGCAGUUGUUCGGCCUAUGCAACACGCUUCUCAUGAACGACGCCGAGUGCCGCAAGAGGCAUCUGAGCAUUCAACGUUAUGCUGCAGUCCCCCUGUCCACACAAUCAGGUCUCCUGGGCUUCGUGCCGAACAGCGAUACGCUUCACGUGCUGAUUCGGGAGUAUCGCGAGAGCCGCAAGAUUCUUCUGAACAUUGAGCAUCGCAUCAUGCUCCAGAUGGCUCCGGAUUACGAUUGCCUUACACUGAUGCAGAAGGUCGAAGUCUUCGGAUAUGCUUUGGAUAAUACUACGGGACAAGACCUGUACCGAGUGCUCUGGCUAAAGAGUAAAAGCUCUGAAGCAUGGCUCGAUCGGCGUACCAACUAUACUCGAUCGUUGGCGGUCAUGUCCAUGGUCGGGUACAUCCUCGGGCUGGGCGAUCGACAUCCUUCCAACCUGAUGCUGGACAGAGUGACGGGCAAGAUCAUCCACAUUGAUUUCGGUGACUGUUUCGAGGUGGCAAUGAACCGCGAAAAGUAUCCUGAACGCGUACCUUUCCGCCUGACGCGUAUGUUGACGUACGCGAUGGAAGUGAGCAACAUCGAGGGCAGCUACAGGACGACAUGCGAGCAUGUGAUGGAAGUUCUCCGAAAGAAUAGGGAGUCGGUUAUGGCGGUACUGGAAGCUUUCAUCCACGAUCCACUGCUCACUUGGAGACUGGGCAACCGCGAGUCUCCUCCAGAACCCUCAUUUCCAUCCGAACGCCGGCAGUCCAUCAUUGGCGAUGCGGAACGAGACAUGAGCUCUCUGGUACGCAACCGCCCUCGUCUCAGCAUUGCGCCGACAAACGACGCGGAGGCGAAGGAAGUGCAGAACGCCAGAGCUCUGCAAGUCCUCUCGCGCGUCAAGGACAAGCUGACGGGGCGCGAUUUCAAGGGAGCCAAGGAAUUAAAGCAUACGGAACAGGUGGAACGGCUUAUCAAGGAAGCGACGAAUCUGGAGAAUCUGUGUCAGCAUUAUAUAGGGUGGUGCAGUUUCUGGUAG